UCUCUCUCUCUCUUUCUCUAUACUCCAAAGUCUCAAUUUCUUGAUUAAUCCACAAUUUCUUGAUUAAUCCAACAACACUAGUUUUAAUAAUUAGACUCCAUUUAGUAAUCAUUAAUCUUACGAUGGGAAGAUCACCAUGUCUGGAGAAAAAAAUCGGGCUCAAGAAAGGUCCAUGGACUCCAGAGGAAGAUCAAAAGCUCAUUGAUUAUAUCAAGAAACAUGGUUAUGGAAACUGGAGAACUCUUCCCAAGAAUGCUGGGUUAGAGAGAUGUGGUAAAAGUUGUCGGCUCCGGUGGACUAAUUAUCUCCGACCAGAUAUAAAACGAGGAAGGUUCUCCUUUGAAGAAGAAGAAACCAUUAUUCAACUUCACAGCAUCAUGGGAAACAAGUGGUCUGCAAUUGCGGCUAGAUUGCCAGGAAGAACAGACAACGAAAUCAAAAACUAUUGGAACACUCACAUCAGAAAAAGACUUCUAAAGCUGGGAAUCGAUCCGGUAACACAUAGUCCACGUCUUGAUCUUCUUGAUAUCACCUCCAUUCUCAACUCAUCUGUCUACAGCUCUUCUCAUCAUCAUCAAGAAAACAUGUUGAGGCUCAUGAUGGGUGAUGGGAAUCAUCAUCAGCCAUUAAUUAACCCCGAGAUACUCAAACUCGCAACGUCUCUGUUUUCAAAUUCUCAACAUCGCCACCAAAACCAGAACAACUCCACCACAUACGAGUUUAACACGGUUAACAAAACCGAAGUAAACCAAGACCAAACCGGUUACAAUAUGAUUGGUAAUCAAGUAUUACAAUCUUGUUUCCCUAGCAUGGAUCAAUUCACAGAGUUCCAAGACCUCAUGCCAGUGACUACAGUCCAAGAUUUAAUGCCUUUGUUCCCAUUGAACCAGGAAGAUGUUUAUUCGACAUCUAACUUUUCUCUGGAACCUUUUUACUCGGACUUUGCUUCGGUGUUGACCACACCCUCUUCGAGCCCGACUUCACUAGACUCAAGUUCUACAACUUACAUCAAUAGUAGCACUUGCAGCACUGAGGAUGAAAAAGAGAGUCAUUGCAAUAAUUUCAUUAGUGCUUCUGAAAGGUGUCCUGAAUAUUCGUUUGAUGUUAAUGGUUUUCUGCAAUUCCAAGAAACAAAAGACCAUUGGGAUAUAGUUAUUUAAAUAAUACCAUUGUAUUCAAUAUAAUAGAUUUUAUUACAUAUGUAAGAUACUAUUUCUUAUUGUUUUAAACGUCUCAUUAUUUUGUACUAGUUUAAUAUGUUGUCAAAUCUAAAGGAACGUCCACCAA